AUGGGUUCUUCAACCUCCAAGCCAAAAUAUCCACAUUUAGAAGUAUCAAAAUUUCCAAUUAACGACGAUGGUGAAACCAUUACCUUAAGUGAUGGUAGAUUAAUUGGAUUUAAAGAAUACAAAUUUUCUCAUAAGCUUAAUGCGAACGCUAAAUCUCUAAGCAAUCAAGAAUUUGUGAUUCUUUCGAUACCUGGAUUACCAGGCUCAAGAUUUUUUACACAUCCUUCAUUAUUAUCUGAAUCUUUCAAAGACAUUAGUGAGAAUGAAGAUAAAGCGUUAAUAAGAUUAAUUGUAUUAGAAAGACCAGGACUUGGACUUUCAACAUUUGCCAAAAGAAAUUUUAUCGAUUUUUCUAAUGACAUAAGAGAAUUUUGUCAACAAAAAAAUAUUAAAAAAUUUUCUUUGUUGGCUUAUUCUGCAGGUGGUCCUUUUGGAUUAGCUGCUGCUUACGUUUUAGGAAAACCAAUUGAUGAUAAUGAUGAUAAUAUAAAUGAACCUAUACUUGGUAAAGUCGCAAUUAUUAGCUCUGUUGCUCCGUAUAAUGUUCCAAAUCUGACAGGUACUAUGGAAUGGAAACUUAAAUUUGCUUGGUGGUUAGCUAAGAAUAAUCCUAAUUUAUUGUCAAUGAUUGCUCGUUCUGAAGCAAAAUCAGCGCUAAAGAAUCCAGUAAAAGCAGCUAGUGAUAUUCUAUCACUUGGACCAUCAGCUGAUAAGGAAGUCUAUGAAAAAUAUCCUGAAAUAGAAGAAUUAUUUGUUAAAAGUAUUUUAGAAUUAUAUUCUAGAGGUCAAGUUGAAACAGAAUGUUGGGAAUAUAACUUAUGGGGAAAGGAUUGGGGAUUUAAUUUGAGUGAUAUCGGGAAAGGAAAAGAUGGUAAAAUAGGUGUUAAAUGUAAAGUUUGGCAUGGUGAAGAAGAUUAUGGAUGCACAGUUGCUAUGGGGAAAUAUAUUGCUGAUCAAAUUGAAGGAUUAACUUUUAAAGGAACAGGAUGCCUCGACUUAAUGAUAAAGGAUCAAAUCAACCAGAUAUCAAUAAUUAUGUUGAGCCAACAUCUCCUUCAACACCAAAAACUCAAAAAAGCGAAAGAACAUUUAGUUCCUUAA